UUGCUUCCUAGCAACGUUGACUGUAAUCUGUAAUGGCGCAUUUUGGUAAUAAUAUUAAUAUCAUCAUUCACUCUGAAAGGUGGUCAAUAUAAAAUGACAGAAGCUACACAAGAAAUACUAGCGAAUGUCCUAAACGGAAGAUAUUCUUCUAUAAAAGGCUUAUUAUCCGAAGAGGAUGUCUCCAGCAUAUGGGAGAAUGUUUCUGGCUAUAUUGAAAAGCAAAUGUCUCAACAAAAGGGAGUACAGUUACCUGGACUUGGUAUUUUUGCUAUUUCUCAGAAACAAUUGGAAGUUGGCAAUAACAAAUUUGUCAUAACCAAAAGACCUGUUUUUAAUAUCUCAGAGAAAUUUGCCCAAACACACUCACUUCAAUUUCAAAAAUAUUAUGUUCAAGGGUCCUUGCCUGUGCUUCCAUUGAAUUUCUCAUCAAUAUCUUUUGAGAGUCCAUUUGACAGGGACACAGUUGAAAGAUGUGUCAAAGAUAUUGUCGGGUCUGUCUCUCGUUCAGUGGCUUCCAAGCGCAAUGUUGAGCUUCGAUUUGCUGGUAUAGGCAGACUAAUGAUAAGGGAAGGCAGAGUGAAAAUGAAAUUUUAUAAGGAGUUCAUCAAUGGACUAGAUUCGACUGGAAAACUUGUAGACUCCUUAAUGAAUAGACCAGGAACUGUGGAUUCUGUAAUGUCUGACAGAGUAUUAAGUCGACCUGCUACAAGCAACACUGUAAUCUUACCCAAAAUAAAUACUGCUCAUGAUGGUAUUGGAAAUUACAUCGGAAAUUUGUCUCCUGUGGCUGAAGAGGAACAAGUUUAUCAAACUUCAUUGGAUGCAUACAAUGAGUAUCAAGUCAAUUCAGAGGAGUAUCAUCAAAAAGGACAUGAAGUUACAUUCAAGGACUCAGACUAUGAGAUUCCUGUUGACUUUCCUACUGAAACUGAAGCUGAUAUUAUGAGAAUGGAGUAUGACAAUGUUAACAGCUCUGAACAAGUGUUGCAUUCACAAGCAUUCUUGGAAGAAGGAACAGCUCAAGAAAGUGAAAUGAGACAUUUCAGUGGUGGUAAAAGUUCUUCAAGGCUAGCACUUCCUCUUGCAAAAGCUAAUGGCAUUAGCUUUACUGAUGAUUUAACAGCACCACACCCUAGUCCAAAACCUAUGAUGCCUCCGAGGACUGUGAGAAUGUCAGUUAAUGGUGAUGACAAUGGAUUGAAACCUCCAACACCACCAAGGUUGUCUCCAAUGUACAGAUCACAUAGCUUAGAUAACUUCCAUGAGCCAAGAACAUUGGCUAAAAUUCCCACACCACCAGGAUCUGCUUGUGGUCAUCGAUCUGCUGGACAAGAGCUUUGCUACCUUUGUCAUCAACGAGCUCGAUUGAAUGUGCCUGUAUCAUUUGCAGAAGAGAGAAAAAAAAGAGAAGCAGAGGAAGAACGGUUACUUCAGCAGUACCAGACCAUGAAAGAUGCAGAAGAGACAUUGAAAGACCAGGAACGUCAAUGGGCUAGAAGGUUUGAUCUGCAGAAGAUAUCAGCAUUUAAUUUAGGAGUUGCUGAAGCUGUUCAAGCCAAACUGAAAGCAAAAGAUCCAGAACCACAACGUGCGUACUUAUUUAGUCGACGCCCACUGACGCCUUGUCGAGUUCCUAAACAGGAUGAGUACUUGAAAGAACUGGAUAAGCAGGUGGAUGGCAAAGCUAAAGCUGAACAAAAGAAGAAAACAGAUGAAGAAUUUUUGGAACGUCUUGAACAAGUUCAGUUAGCUGAGGAUCUGGCAGCCCAGAGGGAGCAAUAUUUAAAAAAUAAAGUUGAUUCUACUGAGACAUACAAGAAAGCUCUUGAGGCACAGCUGAAAUACAAACCAUUGCCUAUGCCAGACAAGGAACCUGAUAAUGAAAUAUUUGGCAAGAAUGACAUGAACAAUGAAAAACUGGCAGAGCGCCGUCAGCGAGCAUACGUUAUAUCACAAGAACAAAAAGCAGCUGUGGAACAGAAGAAAAGGGAGGCUAUUCUUGCAAAGUUGACUGAACAAAAAACUGAAGAAGAAGUUUUAGCAAGAGCUAGGGAUGAUUUGCGAGAUGAAAGAGCCUUCAAGCAUGUGAUUCACACAGAGUCCAGAAAGCACCUUGAGAAAGAGUGGCAGAAACUGGGAGAGGCCAAGAAAGCUAGAGAACUUGAUGAACGCUUACAUUCUCUUAGUCCUGGUCUGUUGCUGCAUGAGCAGUGUGAUAAAUACAAUCGCUGCCGCCAGUGUAAGCGGCGACUGAAUAACUGUGGUGAGACCAAUAUUUGGAGUGAAUCACGCUAUAUACCAGGCACUAGAAUAAUGGUUUAAAAUAUUUUUGUUUAAGUCGGCUCCUCUUGUCAAAAAGAAAUAUUGCCAAAGUUUCAUUAGACAUAUGCAAUGUUUUUUUUUUCUAGUUAUUGGAAAGGAAGUUAUAUAGGUAACUUGUUUACAAUGUGUUUGGUAAUAGGCCAUGAAAAUGUAAUAAAUCUUUUUUAUAAUGUUUUUAUAAAACAUUUCAUCUAAAUUUUAUAAUGUAUAUGUGACUAAGUUGGAUGAAAUUAGUCACAGGUUUAAAAAGCUUGAAAUUGAGCUUUUUUGUUGUUUUCUGAAAGCCUAUUAAAUUCUGUCAUUCUGGUUGUUUCAAAUAGACUGAAUAAUUCUCUAAUAUUAAAGUUGAGUCUUUAUAUGGUUCUAAAAUUUUACAAAUAUUAUCAAUGUCAAUACUAUUUUCAGUUGAUGAAAACUAAUUUUCCACUAACUGACCGAUUUUUGUUUGACAUUAUCAGAAAUUGUUUUCACUGAGUUUGUUAUUUAUGUUAAAUUGGAGAAAUAGGAUUUAAAAAUGUUUUUGUUAUUAGAAUUUUUAUCUUGUAAUAUUAAGUGGGCUUCUCUGUGAUAAAAUCAGUAUUAUUCUCUGUAUGUUUAGCUUUUUUACAAAAAUGUGUAUGCUUAUUUUUUAAAAUUAUUUUUGUGUGUUUUCUCUUGAAUUCUGUAAAAAAAAACAAAAAAAAACAACUGAUUACAUAUUUACUUGUAUGUAUGUUUUGUCUUAAGUAUAAUUAUUAGCAAAUGAAAAUUUUGGAUUUAUAGGAAAAUUUAAGAUAUUUAUUUCGUUUUAUUUUAUUAUAUAAUUUGUAGCCUGAUUUAUAAUGUACAGUCAAUCUGUCUAUUAAUUUAAAUAUGAAAACUUACAAAUAUUUAUAAUAGACCUUACAAUAUAAAGUCAAAUUGUUAUUUUAAUAUUUCUUGUAUAAGUACACAUUUUUUAAAACUCACAUUAUUGACUAUUUGCACAAAUUUUUUUGGUCAUAUUUGUAUGUUAAAAAAUUAAAUUUUAAAUAAUCAUUGAAAAAGAAAAAAAACCAUUUAUAUCUAUAUAAAGUAUUUUAUUUUUAUUUUAGUUAAGUGAGAACUGUUCACACUAAUGUACAAAGUGAUGAACUUAGAUUGGUAAGAAUGUUGAAAUAAGACAUACUGGCUAGAGGCUGUAUUCAAACACAAAAUAGUUCAUCUUUCUCUGUAUUUCUUUGGGCAUAAUAACAUUCCUCUCAUGAAUACUUUCAGAAGGCAUCUAUGUGUGUGUGUUUUUAGUUUAUUACUAAGUAGAAUAUCUGUUUAACUUUUAAAUGUUUGUUGCUAAUUACCAAAAAAAUAAUUUUUGUGCAAAUAUUUUAUAAAGAAGCCUAUCUUGGUACUUUUUGGAUUCUAAUUUUCCUCAGAUGCCUCUGCCAGUGUCUAAAUGUACAUUUGUAUAGCAUUAUGUCUAAUUUUUCAACUCUAUAUUUGUAUCAACCAAUUUGAAAUAUAAUAGAAGACACUUAGAAGUUAAUGCAACAUUUCCCUAAUAUGAAUGAAAUCUCAUGAGCCAUGUUCACAAUUUGUCUACAUUUAAGUGGCUACAGAUUCUAAGUUCUGAAAUCUGUCUCUAAUAUUAUGUGCUCUUUAUCACACUAUACAAAAAUUCUAAUUUAAUGUGUAUUUAACUGUAAAUAAAAUCAUAAGCACAGAUAGACAAAGGUCUUGUUUUAACUUAAUACAAUGUUGACAAUACAGUAUUUGUAUCUCUUGUUCGAACAGUUUUGAACACACAUGUUCUUAAGUAAAAUCUUUUCAUAAGUCAUCACUCCUAAGAAUUAUGGCAUCAUGCAACAAUUCCAUCACUGCAGUGUAAAGACUAAGUAGGCAAAUUAUGACAUUGAUCUACUUUUACUUCAUUAAUAAUGAAAAACAUUUUUAGAAGUUACAAGUGUUUUUGGAAUAGCUCUGUAUUAAACUGCAGUAAAAAAACAACUUUCAAAUUAGGUUUGAAUCCUGAUGGAGGCUGGGAUUUUAAAUUUUGGAUUUUAGGUGUCCAUGAGCCCACCCAGCUCAAACAUGACCUUCAUUGGGAAAACUAGAGUGGUUGUUCAAGCUGGCUCUAAACACAUUAACUAGUGGACCAUAAAUUAACUAAAAAAUAACCUAUUGCAUUAGCGCCUAAGACACAGAAGUCUAUGCUCCUCCACCAAACAAGAAAAACACAGUCAGAAAGCAACACAAAAUUAGUUGGAAUAAAAGUGAAAGUUUGUUUGAUGACAC